AGAGAGAUGGGCGUUAGGUUAGUAGGAAGAGUGUUUUUUCUACUCUGCGCGCUGCGGUGGAGCAUUGGCCAGCUAGAGUUGGCGAGCUACUCGUUGGACGUGCCUCCGAACAGCGGCAAUAAUACUGUGGCGGUCAACACGGAGAAUGGAGAGGUGUUUAUCGCUGCAGGCAACCAGCUUCUGCGACUGAGCCGCAGCCUUGACCUACUGGAGACUGCUAAUGUCAGUGGAGACGAUCUCUUGAUUGGACUAGCUCUAAGUCCUGACGGCAGUAGACUAGUGGGGUGUCUGGGAGGAAGCUCGAGGACCUGUUUCGUGUACAAAACUAGCGACUUGAGCAGUGGACCCAAUGCAACUGUUGAGAACGCUCACUACAACCCACAUAACGGUCUGGCUAUUGUUACCACUGCUGAUAGCUUCUACCUGGGCAGUGAGGGCCCAUUUGGUCAGUCAGGGGGAAAUGAUAACAUCUACUUAGCUCAAUACAGCUACACCUCAGAGGUAGUGCGAACAACUGGAGACGAGAGAUUCAGAGUCGUCAUCAGUGCAUGAGUUUUGGUUGGCGUGGGAUGUAAAAGAUGGGAAUUGUGCAGCAGUGACUGACUUUUAUGAUUUGUUGAUAUAAGAGGAACGUUUUUUCAUCACCUCUCAAGGCCAGCCCGAGUGGCUAAGUGGUUAGAGACAUGGGGACUGACACCAUAGGUGCCUGGUUCGAAUCCUCGAUCCCGCACUAAAGUGUCAGGUGGUCCAGAGCAUUGGCUGGGAACAGCUCUGGUUCCUCCUCUUACCCACAAAUCUACCACUGACCCACGUUUCUCGUACAGUGUUGUGUUGCAGUUGAUACAGAUGGGUUUGUGAAGGUUCUGAGUGACGCGAAAACUGACAGGAUCCUUGGAAUUCACAUGAUUGGUUCUACUGCCGGAGAACUCAUCAAUGAAGGUGUUCUGGCUAUGGAGUAUGGAGCAUCUGCUGAAGACAUAGCUAGAAUCUGCCACGCCCACCCUACUAAUGCUGAGGCUCUAAGAGAAGCAAGUCUAAUGGCGUACUGUGGAAAAGCUAUAAACUUUUAGUUUGUAUAUUUCAGAGCGUUGUAUGUACAAGCAGGAGUUCAAUCUAUGUUUAUGGUAACCUC